AUGCUCUUUGAAACCCUCAUUAAUUCUCUCCACACAAACCUAAUCCUCCUCGUUCAGAAGGUCUGCAUCUCGCCGCCAACGGAGGUUCACCCCCGCUUCGAGAUCUUCUUCCCUUCGACUCCCUCCUCAUGUUGCCUGCAGCGUCCACUGCCGCCGAAUUUACAGUCUGAGAUGCGUGAAUUUACAGUCUUAGAUGUGUCCGUGGCGACCGAAUUUGCCGUCGGCGUGGUGGUCGUGGGGUUGUUCCGGGUUUGGGAGUUGAUAGAAGAAUGGUUGGUCUGGGUUGAGUGUGUCGGCGCGGAAGAAGGAGGUGGGAUUGAGGUGUCCGGGAAUAAGGGCUGCUUAGAUUUUUCUGCUUUGUGCUUCAUCUGUGGAUGUGAAGAAUUUGGAUUAGCCAAUGAAUGA